UUGGCACUGUCUUUCUUCGCUUCCUGUUUCCUCUCUGGUGUAUAUCCACUUCAUGGUUUUGGAUGCUAUAUUAGCCCUUCACAAUUCCUCUCUAUGGUCUAUGUUCCUUCUGCCCUCCAUUCGUCUCUUUGGUUACUACGUGGUCCAUCUAUCCGACACGUUUCCACUCUAUGGUAUCGCUGUACCUGCUCUGGCCUUAUUGUUCCCCCUUAUACCGCGUGCUGGGAGGAUGUGGCGAUUUCCGGGAUUGCUGAGCCGAGCCUUUCAUCGUCUUCAGGUGCUGAAUGUUUCUAGUCCUCUCCAUGGGAUCCCACCCAUCACAAGCAGUGAGAAGUUCCAGAGCAACACCUCAACGCACUGCACCGGAUGCGGUCUGUCUGAACAGAGCCAUUAUUUUCAGUCACCUGACUGGCACAACAGACAGCACCAAGAUGGCUGGAAACAAAAGCGUGGAAAACAUCUACUUUCUAGCUUGCUCCCUCACUACACCAUUCUUCAUUCCUUCACUUGGGGUACACUGGCUAUAUUUGCUUUGCAGUUGACAUGGCAGAUCCCAUGGCUGAGUUCUGUGCCAGUGGUAGGGAGAGAAAACAAACCACCCUGGCUGGAUAGUUUUUACUCUUCAUUGCUAUGCCAUCAGCACUCAGUGCUGGCUGCAGCUCCAGCUAACUGUCCCAGUGGCCAGAAGGGGCCAUGCUUCCUGCUGGCAAUGAUACCAGACAUAGCACCAGAGAGUCCAUCACCUGGCAUCCCUUUGGGGCAAGAAGUGGAUUGUUGCUGCUCAGAAAUGGGGGAGCUCUCAUUCCCAGAUCGUUGCAGCUUGAGGCCAGCCCACUCCAGCAAACAGGUUAAGACAGCACAGCAAGAGUGCCUGAAAGAAGCUGUUUCCCAGUUGCAGCAAGUUUUCCAGGCCAACACUUCUACUGCACUCAAUAUCCUAGGGAUCAGAAGCAUAAAGGCUGGACACUACAGAGCAGCCUAUAUCUGCUUCAAGUUAGCAGCGGAUCAGGGCUACAACAAAGCCCAGUUCAACGUAGGUCUGUGUUACGAGCAUGGCAGAGGCACAAAGACUGCCCUGGGAAAGGCAGCUCUCUAUUACCAUCAUGCAGCCAGGAGUGGGCACCUCAAAGCCCAAUACCGCUAUGCCAGGUGCCUCUUACAUUAUGGGUCCAAAGCAGAAAAAGCAGACCUGCAAAAAGCAAGGAUUCUUCUGGAGCAGGCAGCAGCAGCAGGACUAAUGGAGGCACAGGCCUACCUUGGGGUACUCUACAUGAAGGGGAUGUUUCCUGCAAAGCAGAAGGCUCUGAAGUAUCUGUGGCUGGCAGCCAAGAAUGGGGAUUCCCAAAGCAGGUACCAUGUUGGUGUUUGCUAUGAAGAGGGCCUUGGAGUCCAAAAGAACUUGGCAGAAGCAGUGAAUAAUUACCAGCAAUCAGCUGCUGCAGGAAACAGGCUUGCUUGGGGGAGAGUGCAAGCCCUAGAGCAACAGUAUGCAGCCUCUGGAACCAACUGCCUAGCACCUUAUCCAAGGAUAAGAACAGUCUCCUCCAGCCCCAGCCUUUUGGUCCAUGAGCAAACUGCCCCAAAGCCUCAAGCCUCUCAAGCAGAUCGUCUUGGUCUAAUUCUGUCCCACUCCUGGAGCACAGGCAGUUGUGGUGCAGCCACCAUAAGAAACCUGAGAUGAAGGCCUGCUCCGGAACAAGAUGAAUACACUAGAUUCCUGUCACCUUGAGAAACACUCAUGGCUCUAAUUUCGGGAGAUAGCAGUCCACAGAUAAAGACUGUCAGGAAAAAAUCCCCUCCUUUAUGUAAGGUGUAUAAAGAGAAUAACAUUGCCCUUCUGCAGUGCCUCAGCUCUGGCAGAAGUACAGAGGAGCAGGGCAGUGCAGAGCAAGUAUAAUGAUAGAAAUGGAAAGAGGUGGAGACAUUGUAUAGAGAGGGGGAGCAGUAAGGAAAAAAUUCUCUAUUGGAAUAGAAAUGAUCUAUAAAUAUAGCUGCUUCUAAAAUGGAGUUUCUUUGUGUGCUCUACACUCCCUUAUUGGCUUCAUGCUUCCCUGUCUACUCCCAGAAACGUGUUCUUUGCUGUUAUCCAUCCAAGCCCCAAACCUGACCAACUGCUCUUGUCCACCUGUGACCUAGCUUUAUUAUACCCCACCCCAAUCCAUGCUGAAGCUGGCACUCAGCUAUCUGGUCUGCCCCAGUCCUCUGUUCUCUUGAAAGUUCUGAUGCUAUGGCACAGCUCCUAGAAGUGUUCUUUCACCAGCACCCUUUGGCCUAUCCUUUAAAACACAAAUUACAGCAGCAGUUUUAAACUAAAUCAGUUUAAAAACAGGAUACAGACCCCAGGAUGCACUAAUCAGGUCAAAGUUGAUUCCUAUGGGUUUAGCCUAUGCCUGUUCAUUUUCUUACACAAGUUGAACAGAGACAAAUGAAGUUUAAACUGCUUUAAAACUAUCCAUACACAAAUUGUCCUGAGUUAACUAAACUAGCAUCAAAUCCCUCCCUGGAGUCAAACCACUGAAAUCCUGCAUAUAAUAUAAACCAGGCCUCUCAAAGACAGGAGCACUACCCUUGUCCUGUACUUGGUCUCAGCCUUACUGGCCUCCAUUCAGCAAAUGUGUGGCACAGCCAAGACUCUAAAGACGGUUGCAAAUUCUCUCCUUGAUCCCAAAUCUCAUACCUUCCCCCACCCAUUCUAAGCCUGCUCAGUCAAAUUGCUCUUCCUGUGUCAGGCAGUUUGCAACCAACAGAGAACUUCUUCCACUGAUGAUAACCUAGGGCUAUUCCUGCCCUAGAGCAUCAUCCCUGAUCAACCAGGGACACCUGCAUCCACCAGCUUCCUUUGUUGACUGGGGAAGAACAGUUUGAAGCUUGAAGACUUUAAGCCAAGGGAAUGGAAUUCAUCCCCUUGUUGAUUUCCUGUCAUGUGAAAAUAUGCCUAAUGACAAAUACAUUAAAAUAGUGCUUGGUGAGGAAUCUGCGUGGUUACUGUCUGCUUGUCUUCCACUUUUUUUAGGGAUGUCCAGUCUGAGUUGAGGGGCAAACCCUACAACAUUGCCCCUCUUAAGUCAGUUUUAUUUCAUCCAUGAUUUUGAUAUACAAAAUCAGUUCUGCAUUUGUGCCAGAUUUUGGCCCACUCUCACUUGAUUCUGAAGGAACCAGUUUUGUUUCUGGACAUGAACAAGACGCUGAUAAGAGCAGGGUGAUAGUGUAUGUGGCAUAGGAAACCGGUCAUAUAACUGCAUUUAUUACUAAGGUCCUCGUGCCAGUCCCUAAUGCAUUUUGGAGAGUACAGCUGUAGAAGAAUUAGUGUUUUGGAAAGUUGCAGAUGAACAAAUAUAUAUACACACAUACACCACCUUUGUGGAUGAAUCCUGUGGUCCUGGAGAGGGAAUUUUUAAAAGAGAUGGAGAUGUAGGAUCAAUCUCAUUCCACAAAAAUAUACUGGUAGUGUAAGUGUUUUCACUUCUUUAAAUGGUAAGGCCUCUCCCCUGCUACUCCAGAUCCAUCUUUUCCAGUGUGCACCAAAUUAAAACAAUGUAACACUACUGAGCAUGCAGGCAAAGUAGGGCAGUAGGUGUGAGCAUUUGUUAAACAGGGUGGCUGUAGACUAGAUUUGUUAAAGGAGAACCAGAAAUGCAAAUCUAGGCCUCCCCAAACCAGACAGACAUACUGUAACAAACCCCUGCAGUGUCAGGCACAAUCACUACAGCCAAUGAGGAAUUUACAGGCAGUCCUCAGACUUAUGACACAAUUGGUUCCUGAAAACUAUGUCUUAAGUUGAAACGUCAUAACUCAGAACCAAUUUUCCCAUA